CAUCACGUGGUGUGUAUUGAUGGGCUCGCUUACGUAUUUAUGAACUCCGCGGCUUGAAGUAUUAUGUAUUCACACUGGCUGGUCCAGAGAUUACUUAUCGACACAACAUAUGCGUCUGCCAACUGGCAUGCCUUUUGCUCCACGCUUCAAUGAGAUAAAUUUCGAGAACCUCAUUGCAAAUGCGACACAAGGAUCUGUUCAAGCAAUCGCGCAACUAGCAACCCUUGCGUCAGAUCAUGCUUGCCUCCCGAGCCAAUAUGAGCGCAUGAUCAAAGUUGCUUACCUCUUGCUUGACGCUAUCCAUAUCCCAUACGGCGAAGACCCAUCAGCAGAUGAUGUAGAAGCUCCAUGUGCUGCCCUCACUUUUAUCGGUUCCACAUUUUUCAUCUGGAUAUCAGACGAUAAGAUGGCGAGUGGCCUCAUCGCAGACCUUCUAAGUCACUGGGGUGACAUUCGCCGCUGGAUCUUAUAUAUUUAUGAGGAAUUCAUUCAAGCGGAAUCGUUUGCCAUCAACACCCGCCGGGAUUGCAAGACCGCCGUCGUGACCUUUUUGGCGUUGACCCGCGAUAGGAUGUUGAGUGGUUGGUCGAAGAAGGUGGUCUCGGAUACCAAAAUGAUGCCCUUGAUAUUUUCCCUCUGGAACCUUGAAACCACAGAUGCUCGAUUCUCAUCUCACACGGGUCAAUUCAAUGCAUAUCGUGAAUCUGUUGUCCUUAACUCCUGCUUCCUAAUCUCGCACGAGACGAAAUCACCGAUCGACUGGGAUAAGGCUUUGAUUCCUUUCGAUGGACGGGCGGACACCGCGUCGAGGAUUGCGCUCAUGCACUUGUCGCAAGAGAUGGAACGGCAGUACCUGGAUCCAGAGUGUAUAGCAUGGGAUGUGCAUAUCGUUACAGCACUCUCAUUCCGCGAUGACAUGCGCCGGGCAUUAUUAAUUCUAGGAGCAAUAGUAAAAAUCACGCACGUCAUCCAGCUUAUCGUUGGACGGUCUUUUGAUCGAGCAAACCUCACAUAUGCCGCGAGGUGUAUCUCCAACGCAUCACUGUUUCUGCGGAUUCGUAUGCAAGAGAAUGAUGGCAAUCCAUGGAUGUCGGAAGCCAUUCGGUCAGAUCUUAUCAAAGGAUUGCUGAAAUCUGAACGGUACAUACCGUUCAUGGACAACGACAAGGCUCGUGAAGCACUCUCCGACAUACUUCACAUGAUCAUCCCCGCAUACACUGUCUACCGAUCAUUGCUGCUGCCCAUAGCGAAAGCAGUGAACGAAAUAAUCGACCUUGGACUGGACAAGCAGCUGGAUAAACGUGGGAAAUUAUAUGAGGGCUGGGUAUGUCUGCAAGAAACGACCGAACGAAGAAAAGCACUCAACUACCAUGGUCCUGAAAAAGUUCAUGUACAAACAUGCCACAACGAUAAUGUGUGUCGGAUCGUCUAUAUUUUUGGUGCUACGUUGUUGACACAUAAUCAGUGCCGAAAAACUGUGUCGACAGGUACGCUCAAGCGGUGUGGGGGAUGUCUCCAUACGUAUUACUGCAGCAAAUCGUGUCAGCGGUAUGACUGGAGGAGAGGGAAACACAAAGCAUACUGUACUAGAGUUCAAGAACGUUCUGCUUGGUCUCUCGGAGAGAUGAACAGCAUAUCGAAUCGCGACCUCAAAUUCCUUGACUGCGUCAUAGAAGACGAGCUGAAGAAACACAGAGCGCGUAUCGCUAAUCAUGGGCUCAAAAUCAACGUCAUAGAGUUAGACCUCACUCACGGAGAACCAAACAUCACUUUCGACUCCAGAGGUGUUAACCCAAGCCCAUUCAAGCUCUUGUGUCGAUGCGAACACUACGCCAAUGAUAAUUGGAAACGUCUACGACAACACGUUGCCAGGAUAGAUGAACCGGUUGUCUUGGUUCGCGCAUUCAUUCCGGGUGGAAUUUCGAGAAAGGCGGUAUUGCGGGCCAUCCCACUUUUUCAAGUACUGGGACGUCCUCCCGAGCAACAAUCACGCGUGUACGCCACCUACGUCUAUACAUGCUGUGGCAGACCGGGACAGGAAGCCAACAAUAGUCCUCUCAGAAAUUUUGCCAACUGAUGGGUCAUGAAGCGAAGCAGAUAGUAUUGUACGAUAAGUGUGACUAUCCCACUGAAUAGUUCAACGCCACGGGUCGCGGCGAAUGGAAAGUUUGUACGUACUAGGGCUGCGACCCACCUAUAUACAUAGAUUCCAUUGUAUUUCAUCCGGCAAAGCCCAUGUGAUAGCGGCUUAGUCCGGCUAGGGGAAAUUAUGUAAAAAGCAACAGACAGGCUGCCGCAUCGACAAGGACUCGGAUGAAUUGGAAGUGCAAAACGCGUAGACCAAAUCGUGCAAAUAAUAGCGUAGGUGUGAAGAGACCAACGGUAGAUUCACAACCAAAAGUCAUGGUCAGCAGG